AUGUCUACGCCGAUCAGAUUGCCGGAUAGCUUACCGUAUCCCAUUACGAUAGCACAACUUGGCGUGUCUACGGGCGACACGGUGGAGAAGGGACAGCGCCUGCUUGCAUAUAAGUACUGGGACUUGGUUGAUGUCAUUACAGCGCCGGGAGAAGAAGAGGCAGGCAAGGCGCGCAAGCAGCGGGUCGACCUGGUGGGGACUUUCGACUCGCCGGUGGCUGGGACAGUGGUAUCGCUGGACGUGCGUGUGGGCGAUGAAUUUGUGAACAGCCAGCGGCCCGUGGUGGAGAUCCGCCAGGCGUGCCCGCACGACGUGACCUACGGCGGGCUGUGUGUGCAGUGCGGCCAGGCGGUGGAGGACGAGGCGGGGGCAGCCGAUGGAGUGGAGCAGGCGAAGCUGACGGUGUCGCACACGAACACGCACAUCCGGGUGUCCGAACGGCAGGCUGCGAGUCUGGGUCAGAGCGCGCAGCUCAAGCUGCGCGAAGCGCGCAAGCUAGUGCUGGUGGUAGAUCUUGACCAGACGGUGAUCCACUGCGGUGUUGACCCCACCAUUGGCGAGUGGUCAAAGGACCCAAACAACCCGAACUACGAGGCGCUUAAGGAUGUGCAGUCUUUCUCUCUCGAUGAGGAGCCUGUGCUGCCGCCGUUCUAUAUGGGGCCAAAGCCACCCACGCGCAAGUGUUGGUACUACGUGAAAUUACGGCCAGGCCUGAAGGAAUUCUUUGCGAAGAUCGCGCCGCAUUUCGAGCUGCAUAUAUACACCAUGGCUACUCGAGCCUAUGCGCUAGAGAUUGCCAAGAUAAUUGACCCGGAUGGGAAGCUCUUUGGCGAUAGAAUUUUGUCACGCGAUGAAAACGGUUCGCUGACGCAAAAAUCACUCGAGCGUCUGUUCCCGAUGGACCAGUCGAUGGUCGUAGUCAUUGACGAUAGAGGUGAUGUCUGGAACUGGUGCGAGAAUCUCAUUAAGGUUGUGCCGUACGAUUUCUUCGUAGGGAUCGGCGAUAUCAAUUCUAAUUUCUUGCCCAUCCAGCAAAACUCGAUGCUGCAUCUUGGCAGGAGGAACAGGAAGAAACCGAAACAGGAAGAGGAACUGCUAACAGACAUUCUUGACACGGAAAAGAAGUUAAAGGAGAAGAUUAAUGAAGAGGUCAAAAGGCAGGAAGAUCAAAUGCAUAGGCUCACCGACGAGAAACUGCCAGAUACCCGGGAUAUUGCAAAGAAAUUGGAACACAAUGCAUCUCUAGAAGUACAGCAACAAAAUAGACCAUUAGCUGAGCUGCAGAAACAUAUGCGUAACGAGCGCUUAUUAUUUGACGAUGACGAUGAACUACCCCACCUGGGUAAUAUCUUACUGAAAGUCCAUAGUGCAUAUUACGAUCAACUUCAAAGAUACAACUCUGGCGAAGACCCGAUUCCAGACAUCAAGAUACUGAUGCCGAAGUUGAAGGAAACAGUGUUCGAGGGCUGCAGAUUUGUCUUCUCGGGCUUGAUUCCGCUUCAUACAAAUAUUGAGCGAGCAGAUAUCGUUCUGUGGACUAACAUGUUUGGUGCAAGCACCACGGCUAACCUAGACUACAAUACAACACACCUGAUAACGCGGACACCUGGGACCAUGAAGGCUAGACUAGCAAAAAGUUUCAACCCUGCUAUCAAGAUUGUCCACCCUGACUGGAUAUUCGAGUGUCUGGUAGGAUGGGAAAGAGUCGAGGAGAGCCCCUACGAAUUGAUAGUGGAAGAACCAGUCGGUGAAGAGUACCUCGAGAACUUCAAGAGAGACCUGGCUGAAGCGCAGAAAAAAGUCGACCCUCCUGCUCAGGACUCUCGCAGCUCACUCCUAUUGUUAGACGGCAAUGGAUCCUGGUUGGACUAUGACGAUGACGAAAUGGACGAAUUCCUGAACGAAGAAAGUGAUAAUGAAGAGGAUACAGAGCAAAUGGCCACCGCUUCGAAAGCGCCUCGGCCGAACGGUUUCCCCUCGGGCGGCGAACGCCCCGCAGCCGUCCAGAGCCAGGACAAACCAGAAUUACCGGAAAAAGAAUCCAACGGAAAACGGCCUUACCAGCCCGAUGAUGCUGUCAGCGCUUCAAAAGUCAAGCUUCAACGCACUGAUGCAUUUUCGGAGGAGGCAGAGGAAGAGGAUGAAGAUGACCUUGAAGCAGAGCUUCUGCUCGAGUUGGGACAAUAA